GGGAACCGGCAAAGUGCAUCGUUCGGACGAAACAGAAAGAUGUCGGGUAUGGGUGACGGAUACGUGGGUACGUCUCAAGAUGGAGUGAGGAUACGGCGGCUGCAGAAGCAAAGAGAGGCUGAACGCCGUAAGAUCCAGGAGUUGAAGAGCAAGACUGCCUCUGGCCAGGAGCAAUCAGGUCUUCUCCAAUUCGGCUCCAGCUCUUGCGAGAUUCUUGACACUGCUUUCAAGAAGGAGACAGUGGGUUUAGUCACCAGAGAGGAGUAUGUGGAGAAGAGGGUUAAUAUUCGUAAUAAGUUCGAGGAAGAAGAGAAGGAGAAGUUGCUCAAGCUUCUGCAAGAGGAAGAGGAGCUUCAACAACAGAAGCGUAGCAAGAAGAGAAAGAUUAAGGGAAGCUCCCGUCUAUCUUUUGCUGAAGAUCUUGACAAUGGUAGUGAUGAAGAUGAUGGAGAUAACAAGAGUUCUGGGAACAUACGCUACGGAAAACUUGGCAAGGACCCCUCAGUGGAAACUAACUUCCUGCCUGACAGUGAGCGAGAGGCGGAGGAACAAGCUGAACGUGAAAGGCUAAAGAAGCAGUGGAUUCGUGAACAAGAGCAGAUUAAAAACGAGCCUCUUCAAAUUACCUACAGUUACUGGGAUGGGACCGGCCAUAGACGAGUUAUCCAGGUUCGCAAGGGUGACGCAAUUGGGAAUUUUCUACGGGCUGUUCAGCAGCAGCUUGCACCUGACUUCAGGGAGAUUAGGACGGCAUCAGUUGAGAAUUUGCUUUACGUAAAGGAAGAUCUUAUAAUCCCACAUCAACACAGUUUCUACGAGCUGAUCAUAAACAAAGCUAGGGGGAAGAGUGGCCCGCUGUUUCACUUUGAUGUGCAUGAAGACGUGAGAACAAUUGCAGAUGCAACGAUCGAGAAAGACGAGUCACAUGCGGGUAAAGUGGUGGAGAGGCAUUGGUACGAGAAGAACAAGCAUAUAUUCCCUGCUUCCAGAUGGGAGAUAUACGACCCGACAAAGAAGUGGGAGCGGUACACAGUCCAUGGCGAUUGAUUGAUUGAUUUUGGGGCAGAACGUGUUUUGUUGAUGGAUCAUCCAUCACUUGGUUGACAUGUAAUCCUGUUUGACAUUAUUUAUCAGAUUUGGUGUAGUAGUAGUAGUGGAAUGCUGAUGGAAUUUGUUUAAUGCGUUUUAUUCUUCUUUAUUGUCAACCAGUUCCUCCAUAAUGACACCCCCAUUAUUUAUUCUUCUUUAUAA